AUGCUCCCAUGCUCGCAGGUAUGCUCUCAUGCUCGCAGGUAUGCUCUCAUGCUCACAGCCUGUGCGCCCAUGGCGGAGGCCAUCCGCGGGCAGCCACCAACUGGGCCGUGCAAGUGGGGCCAGGACAGGGACGCAGCAGGCAACUGCGCUGGUGGGUCACCUAUCCCUGCCUCUCUCUCCCUUUCUCUCUGCAUGAUUCUCGUGUGCCUGCAUUCCCUGCGUUCAGAAUUACCUGCAUGA